AUGACAGGACCAAGUAUUCCAUCGCUAGCGUUUGCUAUUGCCAUGCUAUUCACUUCGUUCGUGACUGUGCAUGCGUUGAAUGAGUCUCGCCAUCAUCUUUCAUUGGUUCACGCUCCUUCAAUACGACUUCAUGUCACGCUUCAUCGUGAUUCAUUGCAACUUCAUGGACAUUCCAAGUUUGACGUGUUUGCUACUCCAGUUGUGUCAGCAAACGACUCGAAGGUGCUCUACGAUGGCUACGCUAUCUUUGCAGAUGGUGGUCAUACCUACACGUAUUCGUAUGUACGUGGUGUCGGCUACUUGUCAACCAAUGAUGGAGAAAACGAACAAAUAGAAUGCCUUUCAUCAAGUCAACUACCAUUCAAUGCUAUUCUACAUGCAUUACACGAUAUGACUCCCAUUUCAAGCGCAUCUAUAGGUGAUGACAUGGUCAACUGCACGAGUGGAAAUCUCUUCAAAGCAACACUUGAUGGAACUGAGUUUGUUACUUGUGCAGCAGGCAAAUCUGGCUUCACAGCUUCUAACAGUGAGGUUACUAUUGAUGUGGAAUAUCUAGAUAGUCCUAUUCAAGUUCACGUACCAGCAUGGAGCAGUAGAUUAUCAUGUGACGUUGCAGCUACGGCCACUUCAAUAAGACCGACUGCGUUAGCAUGGCUAACUGGCAAUGCAGUCUCCGUAAGUAGCACAAGACAAUUGGAAAUGACCAAUCCCUUUCACAUGAACACGCCGUCGUGUAGGCCAUGCAAGUCCAAACCUCGUCCGUGCGUUUUCUUUCAUGGCACUGGCAAUCGACAUGAAAUGGAGGAGCUCCAGGACACGCCGCAGAAAGCCAGUGGCAGGAUGGGAAAUAUGAACAAACACGCUCCUUGCUGCACCGUGGUAAAGUACGCCAUCUUGAACACGCUGGACUCUAGCUGGACGGACGAUAAGCUUCAACAAAAAUUCUGUGACCGUGCCCUAAGACUGAGUAAAUCUAGCGAUAAGAAACGCGGUGUGAUUCGACACACUGUUGUCGUGACGCACUCAAUGGCUGGACUUAUCAUGUCCAUGGCUUUAGCUACUGGCAAAUGUAGAUUUGGUAAAGGGACAGCCUGGGUCGCCAUAAGCACACCUAUGAUGGGAAGUAUGGCCUCGGACUACUUUCAAGACUUUUGUGAUGGCAAGCAUACUGCCAUUGCAAAGAGUAUGUUGAAGAUCAUAGGCCAAUGUCCACUGCCACUUGCUCGCUCAUCCCUUGUGUACCAGAAUGGAAAACAUGCUUCUAGCAAGCUCAACAGGGCUUACAGAAUAGCCCAGAAAGCUUACGCGAAGAAUGUGGAUGCGGCCAUGUGCAGUGACAAUCCAAACGGCAUGUUUUCUCCGUAUGAAGGACUCAUGCGCAUUUCAGCAGCUAUGGUCUCGCACAUGUCACCACAAAAUGAUGGUCUUGUGGAGUUCCAGAGUUGUGCAGUAGGUCUUAAAAAGUACAAGUUUGGCAAGAGCUACAAGAACAAGUUCUACCAACCGGCACUAAACCACGCAGAUACAGCUUUUCUCUCGGGUGAUGGAAUCUUUAAGGACUCGCAAAAGCCAAUCAAGUGGUUUGAGUGUUUGCUGUAG